GAUCAGAAUGCUUGAAAAGCCUGCAAGCUGCUUAGUCGUCCGAGACUGGGGUUUUUAAACCAAACAAGAAAAAAACAAGUUAUUCACUUUUUUGUUGUUGUUGUUCUUUCUUUUCUUUUCUUUUUUUUUUUUUUUUUUUUUUUUAGUUUUUUUUCUUCCCCUUUUUUGUGCUUUGGAUAUUACUGAAAAAGGAGUCUCAGGGAUCCACACACUUGGACUUUACUGUACCAGACUGCAUCUGACAAACAAUCUAUUCUGCAUUUUGGUUUGCUACAGAGCAACCAGGAUUUUUCUGAUUGUAUCUGCUUUUGAAAAAAGGAUGCAUGGCAUAGAAAGAAGGUCUAAGUGCCUGUCUGAGACAAUUGUACUGAACCUGGGAUAAAUGUUACUUCUCAAAGGUACUGUUGCGUGAUUUACCAUGGAAAAAUUGCUCUGCAGCAUCCUGGUGUUUGGAAUGGCUGCUAUGGUCAAUGCUUGUCCCAAAUAUUGUGUCUGCCAGAACCUUUCUGAGUCACUGGGGACUUUGUGUCCCUCUAAAGGUCUCUUAUUUGUACCACUAGACAUAGAUCGAAGGACUGUUGAACUCCGACUUGGGGGCAACUUUAUUAUUAAUAUCAGCCGACAGGAUUUUGCUAAUAUGUCUGGUCUGGUUGACCUUACUUUGUCAAGAAACACCAUCAGUUACAUACAGCCCUACUCUUUCACUGACUUGGAGAGCCUUCGGUCUUUACAUCUGGACAGCAACAGGCUGCCUGACAUUGGAGAGGAUAUUUUGAGAGGCUUAAUUAACCUUCAGCAUUUGAUUUUAAACAACAACCAGCUAAGCAGCAUCUCUGAUGAAGCCUUUGAAGACUUUUUGCUGACAUUGGAAGACUUAGAUCUUUCCUACAAUAACCUUCGAAACAUUCCCUGGGAAUCUAUAAGGAAGAUGAUAAACUUGCACCAGCUCAGUUUAGAUCAUAACCUGAUUGAUUAUAUUACAGAAGGGACUUUUGCAGAUCUUCAGAAAUUGGCCAGAUUGGAUCUAACAUCCAACAGACUUAAGAAACUGCCCCCUGACCCUAUAUUUGCCAGAUCUCAAGUAAUUCCAUUAGCUGUUACCCCAUUUUCUCCACCUUUGUCUCUCAGCUUUGGGGGCAACCCUCUGCAUUGCAACUGUGAGCUACUGUGGUUAAGGCGACUUGACAGAGAUGAUGAUAUGGAAACUUGUGCUUCUCCUCCAGGUCUAAAAGGAAGGUACUUCUGGUACAUACGGGAGGAAGAGUUUGUUUGUGAACCUCCUCUUAUUACACAACAUACUCACAAGUUGCUGGUUUUAGAAGGGCAGACUGCCACACUGAAAUGCAAAGCCAUUGGGGAUCCCACCCCUAUCAUUCAUUGGGUGGCCCCUGAUGACCGCCUCAUUGGGAACUCUUCAAGGACAGCUGUCUAUGACAAUGGCACCUUAGAUAUCCUCAUCACCACCUCUAAGGAUUAUGGGACUUUCACAUGCAUAGCAGCCAAUGCUGCUGGAGAGUCCACUGCAACAAUUGAACUCUCAAUUGUUCAGCUCCCCCAUCUCAGCAACAGCACAGGCCGAGCAGCCCCACCAAAAUCCAGGCUCUCGGACAUCACCAGCUCCAGCAAGUCUAAUCGUGGGGAAACAAAAGGUCCACCAGAAAGGGCUGUUCUGGUGUCAGAUGUGACCACUACCUCAGCUUUGGUCAAGUGGACAGUGAGCAAGUCAGCCCCUCGGGUAAAAAUGUAUCAGCUGCAAUAUAACUGCUCAGAUGAUGAAGUCCUAAUCUACAGGAUGAUUCCAGCUACAAACAAAGCCUUUGUUGUAAACAACCUUGUUUCUGGAACAGGCUAUGACCUCUGUGUUCUCGCAAUGUGGGAUGACACGGCCACAACCCUUACUGCCACCAAUAUUGUGGGAUGUGCUCAGUUCUUCACCAAAGAAGACUACCCUCAGUGUCAGUCGAUGCACAGUCAGUUCCUGGGUGGGACCAUGAUUCUGAUCAUUGGAGGCAUCAUUGUGGCAACUCUGUUGGUAUUCAUUGUAGUUCUCAUGGUCCGCUAUAAGGUCUGCAGCAAUUCCCAGGGCAAGAUGUCUAACGUCAGCAAUGUCUACUCACAGACAAAUGGAGCCCAACCAGUUCAGAAUGGAGUCUUGCCCCAAGUCAACCCCAAAGUGGUGGUGAGAAACGAACUUAUGGAGUUCACUGGUCAGUCUGCACGGAGCAGCAUCUCCUCUUCCUCCAGCUCUGCAAACAGCCGUGAGUGUGAUGACUAUAGCCUCCAAAGUGAACAGGGCACAUUGUCCAGUAAGUGGAGGCCUCCUUGCAGGUCAAAACACAAUAUUGACCGGCUAAUGGGAGCUUUUGCCUCCCUGGAACUAAAAUGUCAGAAAAAGGAGGAGAUGACAGAGUCUAGAACUUCCACAGUGGCCUGCCACUCAGACAAAGAGCCACUGUUGGGCCAGCCGGAGUCCAAAUUUCGCAGCCUCCUCAUGUUGCCUCUGGAGGGCAAAACUAAACGUAGCCAUUCUUUUGACAUGGGUGACUUUGCCACAUCUCAGUGUUGCACCUACCCAAAAAAGAUAACAAACAUUUGGACAAAGAGAAGCCUUUCGGUGAACGGCAUGCUUUUACAGUAUGAUGACAAUGAUCUAACAGGGGUAAAAGGGACUUUCGGGAGUUCAGAGUGGGUAAUGGAAAGCACAGUGUAAAAAUCAGGGUCUCCCCGCCUCCUGUUCUCCCCUCGUAUUAUAAAGCGUGGUUUGCUGCAGGGCCAUUCAUUGGAAAGAGAGGGAAAGAAAUUUUUUCAUUGUACUGGCCAAAAAGAUAAGUAAACAAAUAAGUAACAGGGAUAUUAAAAGAGAAAGAAGGUCAUGAAAUGUGAAUAGGCAUGUAUGGGGCCUUUCUUAUCUGGCCCCAGCUAAAUCAUGAGUGAAUAUUUCAAGGAAUUUGGCAGUUUUAUUUAGCACUGUUUUCCAGAAGUUAUUCAGACUCUUGGUGAACCAUUAAGCAAAGAAGAUGAAAAGGCAUUUAACAGCAUAAAUAUAAUUUUACAGGGUUUGUUUUGGUUUUGUUUUCUAAAGGGCACAUCUUUUCUUUUAACCAUAGAAGGACACUUCUGUGGAUAUAAAACUUGUGCUAGGAUAUAUCUGGUUGUCAUUGCAAGUGACUUUCUCAAAAGUGCAGGCAGGGGGCAUCCACAGCGACAGAUCAGAGCAAAUUCUUCAGCGUAAUCUCAUGGUGUUAGCUGUGACAUCUGGGAAAACAACACUUGUUAUUGAGUGCGCUUUUGGUUCAAAUUUAAUGAGUUCUCUUCUGUUUUGCCCUGUUAGUGCUUUUGAGUUGUUUUUUUCCCCACAACACAAAAUAUGUUUCCAUGCACUUUUUGUUUUGUUUUCAGUCUCAUCAAAUCCCCAAG